AAAUAGAGAUCCUGAAAAAGGUGAGGAAGCUUUGAACGCAAUAAAGAGAGAGAGAGGGGCGGCGCCGUUUCCUCAUUUGCCUCCUCCGGUGUGAGCCCGGUGCCACUGUAACGAAUCCCCCUUCGUUCCUUUUGCUAGGGUUAGGGUUUAGGGUUUUCAGAACUUGGGCUGUAGAUCGAUCGAUCGAUCGCAAUGGCGUGGUUUCGUGCCGCGUCGAGCGCUGCUCGACUCGCCAUGCGGAGAAACAUCGCUCGAGCUCCUCAUUACCCUGCUCGGAUCCAUCACCUACCUCCUCCUCCUCCUCCGUCCCGGGGCUUCCACUCCUCCGCUGUCCGAUCCAAGUCCACCUCUGCCGCCCCGGUCCCGCGCGCCGUCCCUCUCUCGCGGCUCUCCGACAGCUUCCUCGAUGGCACCAGCAGCGUCUACUUGGAGGAGCUGCAGCGCGCGUGGGAAGCCGAUCCGAGCAGCGUCGAUGAAUCGUGGGAUAACUUCUUCAGGAACUUUGUUGGCCAAGCCUCUACUUCUCCUGGGAUCUCCGGUCAAACUAUUCAGGAGAGCAUGAGAUUGUUGCUACUUGUUAGGGCUUAUCAGGUCAAUGGCCACAUGAAGGCCAAGUUGGAUCCUUUGGGGUUGGAGAAGCGAGAGAUCCCUGAAGAUCUCGACUUGAGUGUUUAUGGAUUCACUGAGGCUGACCUGGACCGAGAGUUCUUCCUCGGGGUUUGGAGGAUGGCUGGUUUCUUAUCGGAGAAUCGGCCCGUGCAAACUCUUAGAGAGAUUCUAAACAGGCUGGAGCAGGCUUACUGUGGGACUGUUGGUUACGAGUAUAUGCAUAUUCCUGAUAGAGAGAAGUGUAAUUGGCUUAGGGACAAGAUUGAGGCCGUGAACCCGAGGUCCUACAAUCGUGAGCGACGUGAGGUCAUACUUGAUAGGCUCAGCUGGAGCACAGAAUUUGAGAAUUUCUUGGCUACCAAAUGGGCUGCAGCGAAGCGGUUUGGGCUCGAAGGAGGCGAAACCCUGAUUCCAGGAAUGAAAGAGAUGUUUGAUCGAGCUGCCGAUAUGGGAGUGGAGAGCAUUGUCAUUGGUAUGUCUCACAGAGGGAGGCUCAAUGUGUUGGCCAAUGUUGUUAGGAAGCCAUUGUCCCAGAUCUUUAGCGAGUUUAGUGGGGGCACAAAGCCGGUGGAUGGGGAAACUGGGUUGUAUACUGGGACCGGGGAUGUGAAAUACCAUUUGGGUACCUCAUAUGAUAGGCCCACUAGAGGUGGGAAAAGAAUUCAUCUAUCUUUAGUUGCCAAUCCAAGUCAUUUGGAAGCUGUCGAUCCAGUUGUGGUUGGCAAGACACGGGCAAAACAAUUUUAUUCUAACGAUAAUGAUAGGAUAAAGAACGUGGGGGUGCUGAUCCAUGGAGAUGGAAGUUUUGCUGGUCAGGGUGUUGUUUAUGAGACGCUCCAUCUAAGUGCCCUCCCAAAUUACACAACUGGUGGAACUAUUCAUAUCGUAGUUAACAAUCAGGUUGCCUUCACUACUGAUCCAAGGGCUGGGAGGUCUUCUCAAUAUUGCACGGAUGUUGCUAAGGCCUUAAAUGCUCCGAUAUUUCAUGUAAAUGGUGAUGAUAUAGAAGCGGUGGUUCAUGUAUGCGAGCUUGCGGCAGAGUGGCGACAAACAUUUCAUUCUGAUGUGGUCGUGGAUCUAGUUUGCUAUCGACGAUUUGGACACAAUGAAAUUGACGAACCCUCCUUUACACAGCCUAAGAUGUAUAAGGUUAUUCGAGAUCAUCCAAGCGCCCGUAAAAUUUAUGAGAAUAAACUUCUAGAAUCAGGGGAUAUCUCCAGAGAACGAAUUCAAGAGAUCCACAACAAAAUACAUUCAAUCCUGAAUAAAGAGUUUGAAAACAGCAAAGACUACAGACCUCAGCGGAGGGACUGGCUUUCUGCUUAUUGGACAGGAUUCAAGUCACCUGAACAGAUUUCACGUAUACGAAACACUGGGGUCAAACCUGAGAUAUUGAAACGUGUUGGGCAAGCCAUUACAACUCUUCCUGAAAAUUUCAAGCCUCACAGAGCAGUGAAGAAGAUUUUUGAGCAGCGUGCUCAGAUGAUUGAAACUGGGGAGGGAAUUGACUGGGCACUUGCUGAGGCACUUGCUUUUGCGACUCUUAUAGUGGAAGGCAAUCAUGUUAGGUUGAGUGGCCAAGAUGUCGAAAGAGGUACAUUUAGUCAUCGGCAUUCAGUGCUUCAUGACCAAGAGACAGGCGAAGAGUACUGUCCUCUGGAUCAUAUUCUGAUGAACCAAAACGAGGAGCUGUUCACUGUUAGUAACAGCUCUCUUUCAGAAUUUGCAGUUCUUGGAUUUGAAAUGGGCUAUUCGAUGGAAAACCCUAAUUCUCUAAUUCUUUGGGAAGCUCAGUUUGGUGACUUUUCCAAUGGUGCUCAAGUACUGUUUGACCAGUUUAUGAGUAGUGGAGAGGCAAAGUGGUUGCGCCAAACUGGGCUUGUGGUGUUAUUGCCUCAUGGCUAUGAUGGUCAAGGCCCAGAACAUUCUAGUGCACGUUUGGAACGUUUCCUUCAGAUGAGCGAUGAUAACCCUUAUGUGAUACCCGAGAUGGAACCAACUCUAAGAAAGCAGAUCCAGGAGUGUAAUUGGCAAGUUGUGAAUGUGACAACACCUGCUAAUUAUUUCCAUGUUCUGAGGCGUCAGAUACACAGGGAGUUCCGGAAACCUCUAGUUGUUAUGGCUCCCAAAAAUCUUCUUCGGCACAAGGACUGCAAAUCCCACCUUUCUGAGUUCGAUGAUAUGGAGGGCCAUCCCGGAUUUGAUACGCAAGGGACACGCUUCAAGCGCCUUAUCAAGGACAGAAAUGAUCACAAAGAGGUUGAGGAGGGAAUUAACCGUCUGGUAUUAUGUUCUGGGAAGGUGUACUAUGAGCUUGAUGAAGAGCGGAAGAAAACUGAACGGAAUGAUGUUGCAAUCUGUAGAGUUGAGCAGCUUUGUCCGUUCCCUUAUGACCUCAUUCAGAGAGAGCUAAAGCGAUAUCCAAAUGCAGAGAUUGUGUGGUGCCAAGAAGAGCCGAUGAACAUGGGGGCGUACAAUUACAUCACCCCUCGCCUAUGUACCGCCAUGCGGGCGCUCGGCCGUGGUUCUUUCGAGGACAUAAAAUAUGUGGGCAGGGCGCCUUCUGCUGCUACGGCCACUGGAUUCUUGUCUGUUCAUCAGCAGGAGCAAGCAGGGCUCGUGAGGAAGGCGAUGCAGCCCGAGCCGAUCAAGUGUCCUUAUUAAUGAAGUUUCUUCUUCCGAGAAAAAAAAUCUGGUUUUCUGGAAAUAAAACCAAUGACUAUAUUUGGACUUUUUCACUUACGUACCCUUUAACAAACACACUUGUUUUCGAGCACAUAUUUUGCUCGUGUGUGCUUUGAAUGUGUACGAGUAACACCUGCUGUUGACGGUGUUUCUUUCGUCGUUGGAGAGUUUAUACCUGUACAUUUCAUGUGAUGCCGAUUGCCGAGGCAAUAAAUAUUAUCUUGUUUUAAAACUACAUUUCUUUUUUGGCAGCAUAAUCCUGUUGGCGUUUUCUGUGCUUGUUCU